AAGUCACAUAUUCAUUGCAGCAAAUUGCAGGAACAACUUCUAAUCUGUUUAUCCAGCAGGACAGACUAUCAGCAAGAGAAAUCAGAGCAAGCAAGAAACCAGAGUUAGCAAGCUGUGAAAGAGACAGAGACAGAAAGACAGCAUGAGCACUUCAGGCAAAGUCAUUAAAUGCAAAGCCGCUGUUGCCUGGGAGCCUAAGAAACCAUUUUCCAUUGAGGAGGUGGAAGUUGCCCCCCCAAAGGCACAUGAAGUUCGCAUUAAGAUUUUGGCCACAGGGAUCUGUCGCUCAGAUGACCAUGUUAUGAGUGGUGCAUUAACUGUACCUUUUCCAAUAAUUCUUGGCCACGAAGCAGCUGGUAUUGUAGAGAGCGUUGGAGAAGGGGUGACUUGUGUGAAACCAGGAGAUAAAGUCAUCCCGCUCUUUGUUCCACAGUGUGGAGAAUGUAGCUCUUGCGUAAGCCCCAAGGGCAAUCUCUGCACUACAAAUGACCUUGGUGCAGUUCGCGGAUUAAUGAAGGAUGGCACCACUAGGUUUACCUGCAAAGGAAAACAGAUUAAUCAAUUUAUUAGUACAAGCACCUUCACUGAAUAUACAGUGGUGCACGAGACAGCAGUUGUCAAAAUUGAUGCAGUUGCUCCUCCGGAGAAAGUGUGUCUGAUCGGCUGUGGAUUUUCCACCGGUUAUGGGGCUGCCCUCAAUACUGCCAAGGUGGAACGGGGUUCUACCUGUGCUGUCUUCGGUCUGGGAGGAGUUGGCCUCUCCGUUGUCAUGGGCUGUAAAGCCGCUGGUGCUUCCCGAAUCAUUGGGGUUGACAUCAACAAAGACAAAUUUGCCAAGGCUAAAGAGUUAGGAGCCACCGAGUGCGUCAACCCUCAGGACUUCACAAAGCCCAUUGAAGAGGUGUUGAGGGAGCUGACUGGUGGUAAUGGUGUGGACUAUUCCUUUGAAGUCAUUGGACGCACUGAUACCAUGACAGCUGCCCUGGCAUCCUGCCACAUGAAUUACGGAACGAGCGUGAUUGUAGGAGUGCCUCCGUCAGCGUCACAGAUCACCUACAAUGCCAUGCUGCUCUUCACUGGACGCACCUGGAAGGGGUCUAUUUUUGGAGGCUGGAAGAGCAAAGAUUCUGUCCCUAAACUAGUUGCAGACUACAUGGGGAAAAAAUUCAACCUGGAUGCAUUAAUAACCCACACUUUGCCUUUCGAUAAAAUCAACGAAGGAUUUGAACUACUGCGGGCAGGGAAGAGUAUCCGCACUGUCCUGGUGUUUUAGGAUCGGCAUGGGGGGUUAUCAACAGCAUGACACAUUUCAUCCAUAUUGUGAAAUCAUAAAACAAAGUGUGGAAACUCUUGGAUGAUUCUUUGCUACUACUAGCUGAGUAAAAUGGACCAAACAAAAGCUGGAGUCAUCUGGACAGAUUUUGAUUAUGAUUACUGAGGAAAGGUCUUUUACUACCCUGAAUCCUCACUGUUUAUUUAGGUCUUUGUCUAGGUGCCUUCUUCCUUUGAACUCCCAACCCUCUCCCUCUAUGAAAACUUGUACCUGGGUCCAGAGCUUUAUUACAAUGUUUCUAUUGAAGGCUGUAUAGUUAUUUUCACUGUUUAAAUACAGCAUCAUGUGAGAUGAGAGGAGAAGUCAAUUUCAGUCCAUAUCUGUAUUUAAGCAAGUAGACAUUCAAAAUGAUCACAUUAAGAAUUUUGUUAUAUUUGAGUUGUAAACUUAGCCUUAACUGAUGUAGUCCUUGAUAUGUAUUGAUUCUAUCAAUAUAAAUAUAUAUUGAUAAACUA